GGCUAAGACAUCGGGAUCUCCUUCACCGUGGUCCUCAAACGAGCCUCGAGCUCCGUCAGGUACACAUCUCGCAGCCGGCAGCUCACGCACUCUCACGCACGUUCGUUACGCACGCUCGCCGCUAGCAAACAAAUUGAAACGCAGGAAGCGAAAGAGGUGGCAAAGGAAAAUGAGGAUAACUUGCGUGCUUCUCGGACUGUCACUGCUGGUCGCUUACGCGCGUGCCAGUCCUGUCGUCAAAAGGGAAACGGAGUCCGAUGAUCUCAGUCCAUUGAACGAGGUGUACCUAGUAGAGGCGGACGAUGAUCAGGCGGUGGACGGUGAGAGGUCAGACAGGGAUAAGAGGAAGAUCGGUGUGGUGAAGCUGGGCAUAUCCAACGGGAUUAUAAACUUCGUCUUCGGUAAGCUGGAUUCUUUCAUCGACUCGAAGACUAAAGCUCUAUCUGAUUUGGACGAGGCGAACAAAAUAAAAAACGCUGCGUUCGGUAUCGAUGCGAAGCAAUCUGCCACCAGCAAGUUCAUCAGCGAGUUGAUCGCUCAGAAGAUUCAAGCGGCGAGUGGGAGCGUAGGACCGGUAUUACACAGCGCUCAAACUUUCUUCUCGAAUGCCAAGCAAGGAUUGAUCGGAGCUGCGGCGUCGAAAUUGGCGCCGCUUAGCUCCAUUGUCUCCGGACUGUCUGCUGGUAGCGCGUCGAAAACCGACUCCCAUGAUUCAAGCUCAGGAGGCGCCUUCGGAGGAUCCACUGGUCAAAUUUUAGCAAAUGUACUGAGCUCGAAACUCGGCAGCCUGUCGUCUUUGAGCCAAAGCAGUAACGGUGGUUCCAGCCAUAACUCCGGUCCAUCGAGCGAGUCCGGCGUUGGCGUGAACCUCGGAGCGUACGCAAACGUUGGAGGGGGUUAUCCGACCACCACGGAGAACAUCCCCGAAUUCGACAGGACGAAGGUAUCUUUGGAUAUUCCGGCCCAGGCAUUCGGUACCGGUUUCACCGUAGUUACCAAUAUCAGUAAAAUCCUCAGCAGUCUGAUACUCAACUCAGCCCGCAGAACACAGACAGUCCUAGAGGUGUUCAAGCCGUUCUUCCGUGGAUCCUUCGCAAUCAAGGGUCUACCGUCGGAUAAUCCUCAUUAAAAUGAACUCGUUGAAGACAUGCCGUGUAAAUUAUUCCUUAAGGGUGCUCGACGAGGACCCCGGUUAAUCAGCCGUUAUCGUUACCCGCUAACGAAAUCACAAACGAUUCCAGAGGUCCUUAUUUAAAUAUAGUCUGAAGACAGAAACUGAGAUCUGGUUAAUUUCAAAGUAAAUGUAAUUGGAAGCUCAGGUGUAGCUAGUGGUUUUUGUUAGAUAUUUUAUUAGAACGAAUUGUAAAAUGUAAUAGUCUUAUCCGACAAUGGAUGACAAAAAUAAUCCUCCAGUUCCCAUAAGAACUCACAAGUGCAUUUUUAUUGUAAACUUUUAGAGCCAUUUAGUUUUAUCACCAAAGAUAAAAUAACAUUUUGUGUACCAUAGAAUAAUUUGACCGGAGAUCUGGGAAUUGGAUGAUUACUACGAUAAUGAAUUGUAAUAAGUGCCUGAUAAGGUUUCCUAUGAUCAUUAAAUCUUGUAAUGUUUCCUA